AUGCAGGAGAUAUUUACACUCUUUGUUUUAUUCUUUUCAUUUUUCUCAUUCACUAGUGGUCUUGACGCUCGGUCGACAAGCCUACCAACGACUACAUUCGCUUAUCUCUACCCAUCCCGGGCGGGUGGACGCCCGACAGCAUCGAUAGCCACCACUAAUCAAACUUUCUACUGGUUCCAAACCAAGAAGCCUGACCCUGGUGCUCCGACCCCGACUCUUCGAGGACGAAUCCUAUCUACCGACCAUUUUAGCUUUACAAAAUAUCGAGUUACUUGCGAAGCUCAGGAUGCAUCCUUAGGCUGUACGUACAAAGAUUUCACAGUUACAGCCUCUGGAACAUCACAACUAUACUAUGGAACAGGAAGCAAGAUGUUGAGUAUUGGCUGCGAAGUCAGCAAUACCACAGCUGCAGUUUGCUCGAGCAGGACGCAUGGAGAGGAUCUUACGAAGGCGACGACGAAAACUUGGAAAGCGUCUGAUUUUCCGGGGUACUACCCGGUGAUAGUAACGGCAGAGCCGACAUUGGAGGGACGGUACGAAUAUGAUCAGUACAUUUACGAGACCCACCAACCAACUAUUACUGCCGGCGGUUCAGUCCGGCAGCUAAGCUGGGCAAUGUUGUCGGCGCUAGUGGCAUGUGUUAUUCUUAAUUCGCAACUCGUGGUAUCAAUCCUGGUUUAA